UUUGUGUGUACGUAUGUUGGAAAUGAUUUGAUUUUAAUUUAUUUUUCGAAAGAAAACUCGUAGAAAUGGGAAAUGCGGAUACCAAGUUAAAUUUCCGAAAAGCUGUAGUUCAGCUGACAUCAAAAUCUCAGCCUGUCGAUGCGUCUGAUGAUAGUUUCUGGGAUCAGUUCUGGUCGGAGAGUGUGACUAACGUUCAAGAUGUGUUUGCCCUGGUUCCCGGGGCCGAGAUCCGCGCCCUGCGCGAGGAGUCACCGAAUAAUCUUGCCACUCUCGUGUACAAAGCUGUUGAGAAAUUAGCUAAGAUAGUAGACAACAGUUGCCGCACGCAGCGAGAACAACAAACUGCAUUAAACUGCGCCAGGCUUCUAACACGUCUCUUACCGUACAUGCUGGAGGAACCGGAGUGGCACAGUUUUUUCUGGUCCUCCUUGCCUCCAGCAUCAGAAAGUGAAUCUGGCACACCUCUAGCACAGUCACUUAUUAAUGCUAUAUGUGAUCUGUUAUUCUGCCCAGACUUUACUGUGGUGAGCACCAAACGAUCAGGCCCUGAGCGCGCCGAGGAGCUGUCAUCGUUGGACAGCUGCGAGUACAUAUGGGCGGGGGGCGUGGGGUUUGCGCGGUCGCCGCCGAGGUGCGCGCAGCACGAGGCGGCGCGGACGGAGCUGCUACGGCUGCUGUUGACGUGCUGCAGUGAGACCAUCUACCGACCACCGAGUAACGCCGCGACGCAUCAUAACAAGUGGAUCGCCUACCUCACGAGUCCGGAGAACCGUCACGCGCUGCCGCUGUUCACGUCGCUGCUGAACACCGUGUGCUCGUACGACCCCGUCGGCCUGGGGCUGCCCUACAACCACCUGCUGUUCGCCGACACCCUGGAGCCGCUAGUGGAGGUUUCUCUCCAAGUGCUGAUCGUCACAUUGGAUCACGAUACUAAUAAUGCAGUCAGUGAAGACUCUGAUGAGCGUCUACCCGACAACCUGUUCAUCAACUACCUGUCGCGCAUCCACCGCGAUGAGGACUUCGGCGUGGCGCUGCGGGGAGUGGCUCGGCUGCUCAACAACCCGCUGCAGCAGACUUACCUGCCCAACUCCAGCAAGCGCGUGGCGUUGCACCAGGAGCUGCUGGUGCUGUUCUGGAAGAUGUGCGAUUACAACAAGAAAUUCAUGUACUACGUGUUGAAGAGUAGCGACGUGUUGGAGAUACUCGUGCCCAUACUGUACCAUCUCAACGACUCGCGCGCUGACCAAUCGCGCGUGGGUCUAAUGCACAUCGGUGUUUUCAUCCUACUCCUGCUAUCCGGGGAACGGAACUUCGGCGUGCGGCUCAACAAGCCCUACAGCGCCAGCGUGCCCAUGGACGUGCCGGUGUUCACGGGCUCCCACGCCGAUCUGCUGGUGGUGGUCUUCCACAAGAUCAUCACCACGGGACACCAGCGUCUGCAGCCGUUAUUCGACUGUCUUCUCACUAUAUUGGUGAACGUGUCCCCAUACCUCAAGACGCUGUCCAUGGUGGCGUCGACCAAGCUGCUCCACUUACUGGAGGCGUUCAGCACGCCGUGGUUCCUGUUCUCGCGGCCCCACAACCACCACCUCGUGUUCUUCCUGCUCGAGAUGUUCAACAACAUGAUACAGUACCAGUUUGAUGGCAACUCGAACCUGGUGUACACGAUAAUCCGCAAACGCAGCGUGUUCCACGCGCUCGCCAACCUGCCGCACGAGCGCGCCGCCAUCGCGCGCACGCUGCGCUCGCGCACGCCGCCGCCCCCGGACACCGCGCUGCCCAGGUCGCGCAGCUGUGAGAGUAUCGAGGCGGCGAUGGAGGGGUCGCGGCCGGCGCAGCCCGCCGAGCCCGGCACGCUCAACCCCACCCUGCCCGACACACCAGCGAUAUCGGCGAUGACGGAGCGGGAGUCGGCGCACCCGGCGGCGAGCGCCGAGCUGCUGCCGCGACGCGCCGGCGACGGCCGCGACGACGAUGACGCCCCCAAGCGGAAAGACAGUAUAAAGUCUAGUGGUGGCGGCAGCGGUGACGGCGGUACUGGUGGGGAGGACGGCGAGUGGUCGGCCAGCGGCGAGUGGGUGGCGAGCUGGCGCGGCCGCCUGCCGCUGCAGACCAUCAUGCGCCUGCUGCAGGUGCUCGUGCCCCAGGUCGAGAAGAUCUGCAUCGACAAGGGUCUGACGGACGAGUCGGAGAUCCUGCGGUUCCUGCAGCACGGCACGCUGGUGGGGCUGCUGCCGGUGCCGCACCCCAUCCUCAUCCGCAAGUACCAGGCCAACGCCGGCACCGCCGCCUGGUUCCGCACCUACAUGUGGGGCGUGAUAUACAUACGAAAUGUGGACCCUCCCAUCUGGUACGACACGGACGUCAAACUGUUCGAGAUCCAGCGAGUGUGAUCGGACGCGGCGUGUGAACGGGACAUAGCUUAUACUCCUCCACGGUGCGUGUGAGGAGGCCUUACCUUUAGAUGUUGUUUACACUCUGUUUAGACCCGAUUUGAUCUGAAUGAUUUUUUAGUUUCCGAUGUUUGCCGCUAGGUAAACCCACAGGAAGCGCCACCUACUGGAUUUGUUUUGUCAAUAAAAAUUUAACAUCACUAUUAACUUUUCCACCUGCUAUCGAGCGAAGCUAUGCAGCAAUAGGGUAUUUCGUGACAAUUGUCGAGUCAAAUAGCUGUCAUAUUAUGUCACGAACAUAAAAAUCCUCAAUAACACUUAUAUUUGAAUUAUUUUUGGAACGAAGUUCCUUAUCGCGCGUUGC